AUGUGGGUCAAUCGUAUCUCUGCAGAGAUGAUGUUUUACAGUGAAGAAGCCAUCUUGGAAAAGGCUGUUCUUAUUGGUCCUGAUGUAAUGAUCUACAAUGGUAGUCAAUGCAUGGUGACAGUCAUGUGUGAUGUCUUAGUUUUGGAAUCAUUGAAUGUGCAGUUCUUUUGUUCUGAAGUUUUAUAUUUAAUCCUUUCUUCUGUGUUCCUCUUUUAUAGGCCUGUCCCAGGCUCCUUAUCUUCACUGCUACACCUGCACAAUCGUCAAAGACAGCCCAUGCCUGCUUCUAUGCCUGGGACUUUACCUAAUCCUACAAUGCCUGGAUCCUCCGCUGUCUUGAUGCCUAUGGAAAGACAAAUGUCUAUGAACUCAAGUAUCAUGGGAAUGCAAAAUCCAAAUCUCAGUAAUCCAUGUGCUUCACCUCAAGUUGCUCCAAUGCAUUCAGAAGCUAAAAUGAGGUUGAAAGCAGCUUUGACUCAUAUUCCUGCGGGCAUCUCCAAUGGAAAUAUGAACACCGUGGGUCAUAUGAUGGAAAUGAUGAGCUCUCGACAAGACCAACCAGCCCACCAUCAUAUGCACUCACAUCCACAUCAACACCAGACCCUUCCACCCCAUCAUCCGUACCCCCAUCAGCAUCAGCAUCCAGUACACCAUCCUCAUCACCAGCACCAACACCAGCACCAUCAUUCUCAUUCACAUCUUCAGGCACACCCAGCACAUCAUCAGACUUCGCCACAUCCGCCACUGCAUACAGACGGUCAAGCACAGGUAUCAGGAGCAGCUCAACAAAUGCAAGUCACACAGAGCCUACAACCACCACAGCCCUCUGGCGGUCGUCGAAGACGAGUGGUGGAUGAAGAUCCAGAUGAAAGACGGAGGAAAUUUCUGGAACGAAAUCGAGCAGCUGCCACACGGUGCAGACAGAAGAGGAAAGUUUGGGUGAUGUCACUGGAAAAGAAAGCAGAAGAACUCACCCAGACAAAUAUGCAACUUCAGAAUGAGGUUUCCAUGUUGAAAAAUGAGGUAGCACAGCUGAAACAGUUGCUGUUAACUCAUAAAGACUGUCCCAUAACAGCUAUGCAGAAAGAAUCACAAGGAUACCUAAGUCCUGAAAAUAGUCCUCCUUCUAGUCCACGUCCAACCUGCUCACAAAAACAAGUCAUUCAGCAGAAUACCAUUACUACUUCCUCUGCCGUCGGUGAUGUUGGAGGCUCCACUCUCAGUCAACUUGCAAGCCAUCAAAAAGACAUGAACCCAGUCCUUUAAAAUUGAGUGAUCAAGCAACUGUGAUGAUAAAUAUGAUGACCUAUCAGGUUUCUUUUCUGUUAAAGGCAUUGCCUUCUCAAGAUUAUUUCUAAUCUGAAGGACUCUUCAGCCCCAAAAGACUUAUGAGCUUGAUUUUUUUAGUUAUUAAAUAAUUGUUUAUGCUUAGUAAUAAUAAAGGGAUUUAUGCAAUGAUUAUGCUAUCAGCUUGGGAGAUGCUUGGUGCUUUCUCUAAUUUUCUGGUACCAGUUUCUUCUUCAUUUGUUUGUAGCCAAACUGCUUCUGUACAUAGCCAUGGUCCUUCUCAUCAUUGCUGGUUGGCACCAUCGAAGCAUCUUAUAACAGUAUCAUUAGCCAAAAACUGAAGCCUAAAAAAUAUGAAACAGCCAUACACUUGUUGACAGUGCAAUAAGUACAUGGUUUUUCAGCUCCAUUAAACUCUCAAUCAU